AUGGACGCAGCUCAACUAGCCAAACUCUUCGGUGCAAGCGCAGGUGGAUUCCAAGCCAACCAAGCAUUGAUAGAAUUCAAAGCAGGGAGGAUGAACUUUGAUGGGAAAAAAGUCACUCCUGAUAAGAGAAGAGGGACUAUAAAGGUAAUUAAGGAUCCUUCCCAGGUCAAGCAGUUCCAGUGGAUUGAGGAUGGGUCAAACAAUCCAUUCCAGAACAAUAUGAUCUUCCCAGGUACUGCUACCUUUAAAAAAGUGAAGCAGAGUAAAGAUAGAGUCUACUGCCUCCAUUUCAUUGAGAAUAACCAGAGGCAUUUCUUCUGGAUGCAAGAGAAGGAUAAAGACAAGGAUGAAGAAAGAUGCACAAAAUUGAACAACUUGAUUAAUGGCAUCGAAGGAGAUGAUGCUCAGAGUACUCCUGGAAAUCAGGCAACUAGCAGUGGACCACAGACUAGAGCUGCCCCAUCAUCUCAACCUCCAAAUCCUGGAGCUUUAGGAGGAGCUCUAGGAGGAGCUCUAGGAGGAGCUCUAGGAGGAGCUCCUGGCGGUGCUCCUGGCGGUGCUCCAGAUUACUCACAAAUGUUAUCAAACUUUUUGUCAAACCCAGAAAACAUGGGUCAGUUAGGAGGCAACAUGGGAGCUCAAAGAUCUGGACCAAACUUGACUUCAGUUAUUUCUUCUGAAGCUAAGAACAAGAUAUUAGAAGAUGAAAAAGCUUGUGAGAGACUUCAUGAGCAUUGUCCUGAGGGCCAAAAGGAUCAGGAAAAUUUGAGAGAUAAUAUCCAUUCUUCUCCCCUCAGGCAUGUUCUGAGUAGCCUUACAAAUGCUAUCGAAAAUGGCCAAGGAGAUAUUCUUCUAACUCAGAUGGGGAUUGACCCUCAGAACCCAGGGGAGUAUGCUGAAAUAGUUGAGCUAUUCAAAAACAUCGCUAAUGGAGGAUCAGAUUAAUUUGGUUUCAAUCAGAAAUAUGA